CGGGAAGCUUGCUUGCCUGCCACCGCCUGAUCGCCUUUUGCUGCUGUGCGCUAGAGUGCUAGUCGCUAGCUGCUUCCUACGAAAACCCACCGGCAGCCUCCACGAGAGAGAAAAGACUGAGGAAUAAUUGAAGCCAGAGAGAGGGGAGGAACGCUGGAGCUUUCUUGACCUGCUUGCUGCUAGCCAGCCAGGUGUAGCAGGGUUGUGGGGAUCGAUCGAGCUGCUAGCUCCUGCGCGAGGAGACGAGAGAGAUGGAUGAGUGAAAGACAAGCGCAGGGGAGGGGCGGUUUUAGUAGCGGCUGCCUGGUGGUUGGACUGAGACAGCUGAGCUACCGGGACGCUGCCCCGGCAACGUCCUUCACGUCGUUGCCCGGCCUGUAGUCUCUCUGUGGCUAGCAGCAAGCAGGUCAAGAAAGCAGGAGAAGCAGGAGCCCGCGAGAUCGGGGAGUAGCCGACGCCGACGCCGACGACAACCGACGACUGCCGCCGGGAGCUACUACGUCAACGACGGGCUGCACAACAAUUAGCGUUGUUUUGGUCAGAGGAUAGGCGGUAAAAGAUGCAGGCAAUGUAAGUGGAUGGGGGUGCGCAGCAGGUGCCGCCAAAUCCGCUGGCUUACCUGUCAGGGAUGCCUGGGACGCGGUCUGACCUUGCCCUCCGCGUCGUGCAGUUUGUCAGCGCCACGUUGGCGGUUAUCGCCAUGACAAGGGCAGACGACUUCUCUGACGCCAGCGCAUUCAGCUUCCUAGUUGCAGCAUGUUCUCUGCAAACAUUGUGGUCGUUUAUGCUUGCCGUCUUGGACAUAGUCGUGAUGGUUAGCCAUUACCCUUUACUGGUGGAUCACUUGGUGGCAUCUAAGGUUAUAUUUGGAGAUGUGAUCACCGGUAUGCUCACCUUCUGCUCAUCGACUGCAUCGUGCGGCAUGGUCGUCUACCUCCAUUACGACAUUGAAACAUGUGCGACGGAGCACUGCACCCAGUUCCAAAACGCAACAAAAAUGGCCUUUAUUAGCGUCGCAGCAGUUGUCCCGUCGUUGAUAAUUAAUUACAUUAGCCUUUGAGCAAUGUGACUGACUGACUGCGUAGCUCGCUUUGAUUUAACUACUAGUUGGACAAAACUGUACUGUCCUAUUCUCCGGAAUAUAUGCUAGCUCUAUGCUGAGUCAAUUUACGGAG